AUCUAGGGUGUAUUGCUGUCAUCUAUCACACUACCUCGUAAAAACGACACUGAGGAUUCUGGGCCAACAAAUCAGAGAGGAAAAAAUAUGAGUUCUUAUUAUGUGGAUGGUCUUCUUAGCAAAUCUUCGGCGGGCAGUUCGCUGUUCCCAAACGUGGAGCGAGCUUCUUGCAGCAUUGGACCCUGUGGGGACGACCAUAGCUCUACUCGGACUUCUGCGGCCAUUGCAUUUGCACCAUCCCUCUCUGGAGUUUACAGCGUUAAUAAUACAGUGUACCAGAGCCAUAGUGUGUUUACCUCCGGCUAUGGCCAGGGCCAGGACGCACACACAUUACACUGCAGCCCGUUUGACCAGAGCCGCCUGUUCAGCGACAGCUGCUGUCACCCUGGGACGGAACCCCUCACUUCGUCGCCGUAUAAACAACACCGGAUGUACCCCUGGAUGCGAGCAUCAGAUCCAAAUCGAAAGCGGGGGCGGCAGACAUACUCCCGGCACCAGACCCUGGAGCUGGAGAAAGAGUUCCACUUUAACCGCUACCUGACCCGCAGGCGCAGGAUCGAGAUAGCCCAUGCACUCUGCCUCUCAGAGAGACAGAUCAAAAUCUGGUUUCAGAACCGCAGGAUGAAGUGGAAGAAGGACCACAAGGAGCAGCCGAACCUUGAGGAACAGCACCGUGAUGUACAGGCGGUGUCAGAAGGCGGGGAACCCAAAACUGAAGAAACCCGAAGCGGCCCCGUGGAGUCAGAAACCACUGCAAAAUAACGACAGAGACGGACAGAAAAAUAAAUUAAAAAAACACACUGUUAAAUAUUAGUUUGGGAUGUAUCGAAUAUAAUUUCUGGCAUACCACCCAUGCACUUUGCUUUUUUAGGCUCGUUAACCGAUUGAGAGCAACGGCCAACUAAGCAAUACACAUUUACACAGUACACUGCGAUUCUGCGUUGCGUCUUUAAACCUUUAUUAAAGUAUGCUUUACACGACAAAGCGAUAUUUACUACCUACCCUAAGAAGCCCUUUUUUAUAUUGUCCACAUAUGUCACGUAGGAGUACUACGUGUACAACAUGGCAUAUACAGGACACUGCUACUGAGUCAACAUUCCUUUAAAAAACUACCUAAUAUUUACCUUCUAAUACUCAAAACAAAUUUAAACACAAGCUGAGCUGAACCGAUGAUUUAACUGAUGCUUUCCUGUUUUCCACAGAUGUAUUUUCUGAAGGGAACAAAUACAACACUCUCCGUUGAUGUGCCUUAUUUUGAAUCGGCUAAAGGAGAAUGUUUUAGUUGAUAGCCUCUGAUAAAACAACUAAUGAUUUUGGCGCUCCCGUGCCGCCCACCCCCUUGUUUAUUAACAUGGAUUUUAAUCCGCCUGCUAUCGGUAAGUGUUUAACUGCUGAUGCACAAAUUUGUUUAGAUUUGCAUGUAACCUACGUCAGAUUCCCCACCUACUUACUAUACUCAACGAUAGGGCCGUAGGCUACUGUAAAUAUUUAGUUAUACAGAAUAGACUUACAAAUGCAUGUAUCGUUACCUAGCAGGGAUCGCAUUUCAGUACCGCAAUACUUGUCUGUCAACUUCAAAUUAGAAAAAUAUUCCAAUACCGUGCGCAAAAAGCGUGAUCUGUUCAGUGCACCAGCCUCUCUUUUAGUGUGAAGUUGCCCAGGCCUAUAAGAAGCCUUUCCAUGUUUAAAAGGACAAAAUGAAAAAAAAUCGCACCCCUCCUUGAAUGGCUUAAACCUGUAAAUUAA